CCCUUGCACUGCAGCCGACUAUCCCACCACCACCAGCCCAGCGCCGUCUACGGUCUCCAAAUGUCUGGCAGCGGGGCCCGCGAGGCCGUCUUCCCCACACGCCAGUCACUGGGGCUGAUGAAGAGCAAGCUCAAGGGCGCCCAGACUGGCCACGACUUGCUGAAGAGGAAGAGCGAAGCCUUGACUAAGUAUGCCCCGACUCCUGCCAUUCUCAUCACACGCCGCAUCGAUGAGGCGAAGCGCAAGAUGGGCCGGGUGAUGCAGAUUGCUGCAUUCUCCCUGGCUGAGGUCACAUAUGCCGUGGGCGGCGACAUCGGCUACCAGAUCCAGGAGUCAGCAAAGCAGGCACGCUUCCGCGUCCGCACAAAGCAGGAGAACGUCUCCGGUGUCUUCCUACCCCAGUUCGAGAGUUAUACUACAGAAGGCAACAACGACUUCGGCUUGACAGGCUUGGGCAAAGGUGGUCAACAGGUGCAGAGGUGUAGAGAGACUUAUGCAAGAGCGGUGGAGACAUUGGUGGAACUGGCUAGUCUGCAGACUGCCUUUGUUAUUCUGGAUGAAGUGAUUAAAGUCGUUAACCGAAGAGUCAACGCCAUUGAACAUGUUAUUAUUCCCCGUACCGAGAACACCAUCAAGUACAUCAACUCCGAGCUGGAUGAGUUGGACCGAGAAGAGUUCUACAGGUUGAAGAAAGUGUCGGGAAAGAAACAGAGAGAUGCUGCCGCUGAGGAACAGGGUAGAGAGGCGGCCAAGGCAGCUGCUGCAGAUAAGGAGAAUAGAGAAGGGGACGCUGCCGAUUCCCAAGACCUUCUAGGCGAUAAGGAUAAUGAGGAUGUCAUCUUCUAGCAUUCGACAUACAUUUGCAUCGUCCGGUUAACAAUGCUGCACGGGAGUAUCCUGGAAUUGAGCAGAUCUAUAAAUUUGUCGCCCUAGGUCAGCGAAAGCAUAAGCGGGGAUCAUUUUAAACGUUGCUAGUCAAACGCCGAAUCAUAUCCGUGGCCAUUGACUGAAUCGUAUCUCCUGGGAGGUGCUCGCUGAUCAGAAGGGAUGGGCUCCGUAUCACUACACAAUAAUGGAUUAUAAGUAACCAUGUCCAUACACCUCGAUUUGCUAAGAUA